AUGGCUUCAAGGUUACUCCACAGAGCUGGACCACUGGCUGCGCCAGCCCUGAGGGCCCCUGGUCCCAAUGGAGUCACCUCAGUGCACUCUAUGGUGUCUGGAGGCCAUGUUACCACCUACCGGGAGCAGGCGACUGGGCUGGAGAGGGAGGGCAUGAUGGCUGCCCUCAAGGGACCAGACCCAUACAAUAUACUCAUCCCAAAGGCAGCCUCAGGUACCAAGGAAGGCCCUAAUUUAGUCCCCUCCAUCACCAACAAGCCAAUAUUGGGCUGCAUCUGUGAAGACAACAGUGCCCUCAUCUGGUUCUGGCUGCACAAAGGUGCGACCCAGAGAUGCCCUAGCUGUGGAACCCAGUGCAAGCUGGUGCCCCACCAGCUGGCCCGCUGA